GCCGAUGAUAGCGUUCCUUCCUACUAUUCCCAAUACAAAAACAAAUCAUAGUGUCACUAUGAACAUUAAGAUCGUGGUUGUGUUCCAAAAUAAAUAACACUUCUGUUUAGUGUCGUGAUUUUAUAAAUUAUGUUUUAGUGAUAACGAAGUCUGUGGAGUGUUGAUAAAGUGUGAUAAAAACUGAUAACGAAAGUGAUUAGCUUCUUCAUUCAGUAACUCGUUUCUUUAGAAACGUAUUCCUACAGUUUUUGGGAAACUGUAAUUUUAAUAGUGCCUAAUAAUUUAGAACUGAGUAAUAAAUACAGGUAAAUAAUAAAAAUUAAUAAUAAUAUUAAUAAUUAAAAAAGCAAAGAAUAUUUAUAAAUCUGUAAAUGAGUCAUAAAGCGAUGUAAAUAUAUUAUAUCGCUUGUGUAAAGCUUAAAGUAUGUUAAGUUGCUGUUGCUAUAUCACAUCACAUGAAUAAUAAACGAAUCCAUGUGCCUGUAUUGUGGCAGUUAAAAAUAAAAUGUUUAGGUACACAAUAAAAAACAAACCUUGUUCAACUUAGAAAAUCCGACUUAUAUUAUAAAUGAGAAAGUUUUCUAAGUGGUUAUGUUUGCUGUUCCUCAAUUAUGCAAAAAUCGCUGUACUGAUUUUGAUGAAAUUUGGCAAAGAUAUAGUUUAUAACCUAGAUUAAGACAUAGGCUACUAUUGAUCCCGAAAUAAAGUUUGUAUUCCGAUUUAAAAAAAACUAAAGUUAAGGCGAACGAAGUCGCGGACGAAACCUAAUUAUUAAUAAACUUGUAUUUGAAAAAAAAAACCGGCAACAGGUUACGGUCCAUUGGCCUACGUCGCCAGCUUUAUUAACUUACACUAACCUACCAAUAGACAGACAGCGUAAUAUAAUUUGUAUUAGGUGCCAAUUGUUUUUUUGGUUCGAAACCAUGUUCGAAACCAUAUAAAUAUCACAAUAUAACUAUAAGGUAAAUGCUCUAAGCAACAUAAGAUCUUUAAUAUACUGCCUCCAGUAUCAAUUACAAAAUAAUGUUAGCGUCUGGUUUAUGGGCCAAUAAAAAAACGGUCCAUCAUCAAGAAAAAAGAGCACCAAGGUCAACUGCUACUACUUAUACUUAUAAAAAACUAUAUAAAACAUCAGUAUUGAAUAUUAGGUACCUACAGUCAUCACAAAAUAAUAGGUCCCUUUUGACAUUUCUUAUUAGUCAUGUAAUCUUACGACUUGGUACACGAUACUCACGAUAAAUCGAUUCAAGUUUGUAUGAUUAUUUGAUUGAUUUGAUUAUGUAUAGUAAAGUACAUUGGAUGAGAAAAUUUAACUUAAACCACUACCACCCACCGCAUUUUAGUUGAAUUUAAGCAACUUGCGCAAUGGUCGGUCAUCAUUGAAUGAACUUUUUAUCUCGAGCUCCUCCAAGCUUUGGAAGGCAGGUUGAGCUGUUGUCCCCGGCCGCAUCUGCAGUAGUUUAGCACCCACCAAUCCACACUGGUCCCGUGUGAUGGUUCACGGCCCAGUAUCCCUAUUCAAAUAAAAUAAAUGGAUAAUCACAAGCCAGAUUGAGACAAUGGUGAAGUUGUCUUGGCUUGUUUUCGCACUCGUGAUGCUGGUGGGCGCGUACGCAUCGCAGACGCUUCGGAUUCUGGUGGUGUUCCCAUUCCCAGGCAAGAGUCACACGAUCCUUGGUGAGGGCGUUGUCAGGCAUCUCAUCAAAGCAGGACAUGAGGUCACAUAUAUCACACCCACCAUAAACAAGAAUGUGUCGCCAAACCUCCGGCAAAUUGAUGUCAGUGACAAUUACAAAGUCAUGCAUCCGGACAUGUUGAGCUUGAAGGUAAUGAUGGAGCAGCAAGCGGCGAUGUCCUUCAAGGACAUCUUCGAUAUUACCCUGAACAUCAACAACAUGACGUUCCAUAACGAGAAUGUUAUGAAACUUAUAAGGGAUCCCAAGGAGCACUUCGACGUAGUCAUCGCCGAGUGGAUGUUCAACGAAUUGUAUACAACAUUUUCGGCUAUUUUUGACGCUCCAUUCAUAUGGGUGUCAACAGUCCAGCCACAUUUUAUGGUGCUGAGGCUGAUCGACGAGCCUUGUAACCCAGCGUACACUCCCGACAGCACGUCCUCUCAAGUACCGCCAUUCUCUUUCUUCGAACGAGUUAGGCAGCUCUCCUUCCAAGUCUUUGCAUGGGGUCUGCAAAAAUUUGUUGCAGAUAGUAAAGUGGAAGAAAUUUACUCUGAUCUUGCGCCGCUGAUAAAAAUGAGAGGCAAAGAAGUGCCCCCAUUCGAAAAGUUGAGAUUCAACGCUUCCCUGAUGCUGGGCAACUCACAUGUUUCCCUAGGGCCUUCGCCAGCGCUGCCACAAAGCUACAAGGCCGUAGGAGGGUAUCACAUUGAUACCGACGUCAAACCACUACCUGAGGACCUGAAAAAACUCAUGGACAAUGCUAAACAUGGAGUCAUUUACUUCAGCUUGGGAUCCAACGUAAAGAGCCAGUCUUUCCCCACAGAAGUGAAACAGAGCCUGCUGAAAAUGUUUGGUAGUCUGAAGCAGACAGUCAUAUGGAAGUUUGAGGAAGUACUGAAGGAGUUGCCUAGCAACGUGCACAUUCUGAAGUGGGCUCCCCAGCCCAGUAUACUUGCGCACCCGAACUGCAAACUCUUCAUCACUCACGGUGGUUUACUAUCUAUUACUGAGACCAUAUUCUUCGGGAAGCCCAUCGUCGGGAUACCUGUGUUCGCCGAUCAGUUCGUAAACAUAGAUCGAGCAGUGAAAAUUGGCUUAGCCAGAAAAGUCGACCUGUCCUUUACUAUGGCUGAUAAAAUGAAAGAGGCGAUUAAUGAAGUGUGGGAUAAUCCCAGCUACAGCAACAAAGCCACCGAGCUAUCGUUCAUAUACCACCACCGCGUGGCGUCGCCGGGCGCGGAGCUGGUGCACUGGGUGGAGCACGUAGCGCUGACUCGAGGCGCGCCGCAUCUGCGCUCGCCCGCCAUCGACGUGCCCUUCUACCAGAAGCUUUAUCUUGACUUGGCCGCAAUAACUUUAAUCGCCUUGUACAUUCUCAAGAAGUUAAUUAACACUCUGUUCGGAGCAAAAAAGAAUACUCAGAAGAAACAAAAGAAAAACUAAUAAAAGC